UUAAUGUUAUACAAUCUAUUAACAAAUUCGCUGGAGAAAUUUCUCAAAUGAAAACUUUAAUAAGAUACAUUCAAAUAGGCAGUAUUGAGAAAUCUAUUAAUGAACUUUGUUCAGAACUCAAUGAAUGUAUCAAUUCAUCAAAAUUCAUUAAAAAAAAUAUUCAAGUUGAAAAAGUAAUUAAACAAUUCAAAGCCGAUCAAGCUGAUUUAAAUAAAUUUCUGGAAGAAAUGAAAAUUGAGGAUAAAGAAAUUGGUGAUAAGAAAAUUAGAGAAGAAGUUUCCACAAUGGUGGUUAAAGUCAAUGCAAUGCAUAAUACAAUGGAAAGAUUAAGAAGCGGGAGAAUUAACUCUGUACAUGAUCAAACGAAAAUCGAUAAAAUUUUCGGGGCUCAUAAGCUAAAUUUUACGGAUUAUAAAGAAAUUCAUGUUGGACAGCGGCAGAGUGUGACUAAAUGGGUAGCUGUUAAAGAUCAAAGUCAACAAAAAUAUCGGGAACCAUUUUCUGAAAAUAGCGGAAUCCCCGAGGAAUUCAAAAAAUUAGCCAAUAAUGCUGUUAAUUUCGAUUCAAAUUUCAGACCAAAUCUUGCUGAGAUGGUUAUAGUUCUUGGAAAUUGUUUCAAAGGAUAUCCAUUAAAAUCUUAUUGCUCAUGUCCUUUACCAAACCAAAAUUUUGAAUUGCAAAAUCCAAAACGAUCAUUCAGUAUUGAUCAUUUUGAUAAGUUGCCAGAUUUCGUAUCAUUCAAUUUCAUUACACUUUCUGAAGCGGUAAUUCAACAUAAAUUUGAAAAUAAUGAUAGAGAUAAAGUCGCUGCAUAUAGAUGUUUCGAUGCAUAUUCAGAAUUUGAUCAAAUCAAAGUUAAAUAUUUUAAGGCAUAUUACAUUUCAAAAAGAUUCGAUGAAUUACAUCUUAGCCCUAAUAAUAGAGAUAAAAUUGCCGCGCAAUUAUUUAAAGAAGUUGCUGAUGAUGAUGUAGCAAAUGAAGUUCCUGAAGCGAAAUUAAGAUAUGGAGAUUAUGAACAAAAAGCGAUUCAUUACAUGAAAUUGGCUGUUUAUAAUGGUUAUGAACUUGCUAUUAAAUUUUGUAGGGAUCAUGAUAUUGCUUUUUAA